UGGUGCUGUGUGGCGAUGUCCGUUUUCUGGAGCACGUUGUCCUUUUUUGAAAUGUGAAGAGAAGCCAGUGCUCACAGUACAGUUUGUGGAGAGACAAGCAAAUCACCACAGUCAGCAAGCCAAGUGUUGUUUCCUUCAAGUUUUGUUUUGUGCGCCUUUGCUCAGACUGUGCUAAGAUUUGCGUCCUGAGGGACAGUUGGCAGCCAGUCGAAUUGUGAAUGUAAGGUCGUAGAGUUUGACAGCAUUCGAGCGAAGUUCAUGAAGUACUAGUAGUCUUCUGAGCCAUGGAUUUCGGAAGUUUAGAGACACUGAAGCGUCCUCAGUUGCAGCAGCUCUGCAAAAAGUUUGGCUUGAAGGCGACCGGGAAGAAUACAGUGCUGGUUGCAGCGCUGCAAAAGCAUAUUUCUGGGCUUGUCAAGUCACCGUUGUCAUCACCAGCCAAGUCUCCGGGCAAGGAACCGGAAGUUGCCACUCCCAAGCAGAAGAGCCCUGCUCCGUCCCCGGUAGUAUCACCGAGCCAUGCGUCUCCCUCCCCUCCUCGCCCCGGCAAGGCAGUAGCGGCCACCAAGCGCGGUGGCGGCAGGAGAGGGCGGCAGCCGAAAGGGAGGAAGCCGCCGCGGUCGGUUUCCACGUCUCCGUGCUACGCUGACGAUGUGAAGGAUUCAGUGUCAGAAGAUGUCCCGGCCGACCAUGCUGCUGCUGCGAUGGAGGUGGUGGUGAAACGCCGGGUGCGAGGUCGAAAGGCACGGAAACCAUCUGCCGGUGCUGAUGAUGCUGACAGUACUAGUCACAGUCCGUCUGCUGCAGCUUUGGCAGGAGUGCAGUCAACUAAGCGUCGUCGCUCUGAAGUCGGGUCCAGUCCUCAGCCAACUCCGAAGCGAAGUCGGACGGUUACUGCCACAUCGCCUGCCGCUACUCUUACAACAUCUCCCUCUUCGCCAAGUAAGGGUGUAUCCGUUGUCGUCACCAAGUACUCAAAGACAACGUCACCUAGAUCCGGCACAAAGGUGAAAGCUGCGGGUACGAGAUCUCGAGGCUCAUCUGGGUCUAGUGCUGGCCAGCGCACAACACCUUCGUCAUCAAGACAAGCUACUCCGGUCACCAGCCCAUCUCUAUCAGCAGCUGUUGCCGCCGUGUCGAAGUCUAAGCGUGCCUCGUCGUCGCCACUGAAAUCUCCCGUUGUGAGUCUGACUCGUAGCACACGCACACCUCCAACAAGUGCUGGCAAAGUUACCAUGUCCACAAAUACCGGCAGUGGGCGUAAGCGUUCAUCAGCUACGAAGAACUCCGGGCAGAAGAGAUCGGCCAGCAAACGAGGCAAACAAGCCAGAUCCAGUGCAGCGUCACCUGUUCAGUUCUCCGCCACCAGUGCUGAUUCCCUGUCACCACCGUCGGGGAGAUCGUCUCGUCGAAGUACAUUCACUGUCACGCCGUCCCCACCACCACAACCACCGUCGACAUCUGCAACCGGUCCCUCUGCUGCAAGGACAUCGACUGGGAAACGUUCCCGCUCCGGGUCUCGGGCGGGCAGUUUAUCGGCCAAGUCACAUGACCAGUCAUCAGCCUCAUCAGUCGCAUCUCCUCCAACUUGGCAGUCACCGGGUGUGUCCAUGGACGCCAUGAAGGCCUCCAUCCUUGCGGAUCUCGAUCAAAAAGUGGCAUCCAAGCUGCCGCCGGCACCGGUCGACACUAAGAUCCCUCGCAUCGGCUCUUUGACGUCCAUAACAGGUGGUGGGAAAGGCAAGCCAGUGUCUGGGAAGGACUGGGACAAGAUUCACAACAAGAACUUCCAGAGGAUGAAGUCCAUUGAGGAUGACUUGCGCUCUCGCCAGGCUCGCCGAGAAAAACUGACAGCUAGUGGGAAAGGAAGCACCUUGUCUGCGCGCAAACCAGCUCCUAAGCCCAAGACCGACUCCAAGAGCAUACCGAUCUUCAAAAUGCCCGACAGCAAAAAGAAGAUAAGCUUUACUUUUGGCGGAAAGGCACCAACUGUGGUGAAAGCGGCUGUUAGCAAAGCAGCUACCACCAAGGCAGCCUUGGUGAAUGUCUUCACUGGAACGUCAUUACGUGGUUCAGCUGCUGCUGCGGCUAGCAAUCGCAACACACCGCGAAGGGCAAUUGGCACUACUUCCGCCGCCGCCACCGCUGGCAAGAGCAGUUCAGCAACCAACAGCAAAACAGCCAAAAGUAGCUCAGACGCCCCCACCGACACCACCAAAAACAGUUUGACACGGGCAUCCAUGUCGUCAAGCCGAGCUUCAUUAGCUCCUGCCUGCACACCGAUGAAGCCUGAUGACCGGUCCAAGUCCAAUGUUAAGUCUGCACGGCGCUUCUCGUUCGCAUCACCUGGAUUCAAAUCGCCCGCCGCCCCGAAGCCAAAGUUUGACUUGAAGGCCAGCUUACAGCGCCAGCUAUCCUACAAACCCUAUGCUGGUCCAUUGAAGAAGAAAGCAGAAGAUGGUGUCAAGCCAUCAACAUCUGUCAGCCACCUCAAGUCGCCGAGUGUGAAGGUGUUCAGAGAGAAAGGGUCACCAGCGAAGGAGUUUAAAAGACCACCUGUUCGCGACCACAGAGCGGAAAGCCGUCAGAAGCUGCAGCAGCGUAUGAAGUCCCAGCGUGGCAGUCUAGCAAUGGCCAACAGAGGUCUGGCCACGUAGGCAUCUGCAGGUACGCCGAGCGUUGUAUGCUGGCAUCAGUCAGUGUAACCACUGUAACAAAUCCCCAAGUCCCCUAUUGCCCCCCUCCCCCCCCCCCCCCCCCCCUUACCUUUUUCUAGUCUAACAGAAAUCUUGAGACUGUCUUUGAUCUCUGCCACCACUACUGCUGCUGCUGCUGCUUCUGCUUCUGCUGCCACCGCUGCUGCUGGAAUGUGAGCAGUGUCUGGUGUCCGCUUUGAGUUUAGCUUCUGCAAUCGUCUGGACUCUUGCCAAGACAGGGAACACCAGUGUGUGUGUGUGUGUGUGUGUGUGUGUGUUUGUGUGUGGUGUGUGUGUGUGUGUGUGUGUGUGCUCUAGCAUCGCUAUUCUUAGUACUGACAAACGUAACAUGACAAGAGAGCGUACACACUCUCAAUGGCUUUUUUUCUCUUACUCCGCUGCUGACAUUAUAUUUGCACAUGUUUCUAUUACUGCACGACGCCAUCGCCACAGCGUUAAAUAUGUACUGGUAAAACAUGAUUCUCUCGCAACUUCAUUUUGGUCUUAUCUACCAUUCUACCGUAUCCUACCGUCCGCAACCGAAUAUACCUCUGCAUGAAAGCGUCCGAAAAUAGAAAAUAAAUUAAAAACAAGAUGGCGCCCACUGACUGACAAUCUUCAUGAAACUGCAUACAACGUAGCACCCGCAUACCGCACAUUUCACGUCCACUUGCUAUCUUUGAUUACCUGACGCUGGCUGCUCAUCUUUUUUUCUGCUUCUUUAUUUGGCACACGUGACGUUGCAGUUAGCUAUUAAUCUUCUACUUAGUUCUAGUCCUGCUGCAGCCUGGCCUAGUUCCUGUAGGUCUUCAGUCUUCAUAGGUUUGUUCCAGUUGUAUCACUCUGUUGAUUUCAUCAUGACGGUGAUAUAUUAUGACGUUAUGUUGGAAACUAA